GGUCAAGACACUUAGUAGGAGAGACUGAGACAAAGGCAAAGCAGGCCCUGAAAAGCUGAAUCUCUGCUUUAAAAUCCUCAGUUGCACCAGAUACUAAUUUUUGUUACUUUUUUUUAGUAAUGCCCUUUUAUUGCAAAUAAUUUUGGACCAAGUGACAAUAGUAUAAUGUCAAAACCAGGGAAAACUUCCAUAAAUCAUGGCUUGGUUUCUUUUGAUCUUCCAAGUACAAAAGAGCCUUUGCCACACCAAACUGUGAUGAAGAUAUUUAGUAUCAGCAUCAUUACUCAAGGCCUUCCUUUCUGUCGUAGACGGAUGAAGAGAAAGUUGGACCAUGGCUCCGAGGUCCGUUCUUUCUCACUGGGAAAGAAACCCUGUAAAGUCUCAGAAUAUACAAGCACUACUGGGCUUGUGCCUUGCUCAGCAACACCUACUACUUUUGGAGAUCUGAGGGCAGCCAAUGGUCAAGGACAGCAACGCCGCCGCAUUACAUCUAUCCAGCCACCAACUGGGCUUCAGGAAUGGCUGAAAAUGUUUCAGAGCUGGAGUGGACCGGAGAAGUUACUUGCCUUAGAUGAAUUGAUUGAUAGUUGUGAACCUACCCAAGUGAAGCAUAUGAUGCAAGUGAUCGAACCCCAGUUUCAACGAGAUUUCAUUUCCUUGCUCCCCAAAGAGUUGGCUCUGUACGUGCUUUCUUUCCUGGAUCCCAAGGACUUGCUGCAGGCAGCACAAACAUGUCGAUACUGGAGAAUUCUGGCAGAAGACAAUCUUCUGUGGAGAGAGAAGUGCAGAGAAGAGGGAAUUGAUGAACCUUUACAUAUCAAGAGGAGAAAAGUAAUAAAGCCAGGCUUUAUUCAUAGCCCAUGGAAAAGUGCUUACAUCAGACAGCACAGAAUUGAUACUAACUGGCGGCGAGGAGAACUUAAAUCUCCUAAGGUGCUCAAAGGUCAUGAUGAUCAUGUGAUCACAUGUCUACAGUUCUGUGGUAACCGAAUAGUCAGUGGUUCUGAUGAUAAUACGUUAAAGGUUUGGUCAGCAGUUACAGGAAAGUGUUUAAGAACACUUGUUGGACAUACAGGUGGAGUCUGGUCUUCACAAAUGAGGGACAAUAUAAUCAUCAGUGGAUCUACAGACCGAACCCUCAAAGUAUGGAAUGCAGAGACUGGAGAGUGUAUACAUACAUUAUAUGGGCAUACCUCAACUGUGCGUUGUAUGCAUCUCCAUGAAAAAAGAGUUGUCAGUGGGUCUCGAGAUGCCACCCUGAGAGUAUGGGACAUAGAAACAGGCCAGUGUUUACAUGUUCUGAUGGGUCAUGUAGCUGCAGUCCGAUGUGUACAGUAUGAUGGCAGGAGGGUUGUUAGUGGAGCUUAUGAUUUCAUGGUCAAAGUUUGGGAUCCAGAAACUGAAACCUGUCUACACACCUUGCAAGGGCAUACUAAUAGAGUCUAUUCAUUACAGUUUGAUGGUAUCCAUGUGGUGAGUGGGUCUCUUGACACUUCAAUCCGAGUUUGGGAUGUGGAAACAGGAAAUUGCAUUCACACAUUAACAGGUCACCAGUCAUUAACAAGCGGAAUGGAACUCAAAGACAACAUUCUUGUCUCUGGGAAUGCAGAUUCCACUGUCAAAAUCUGGGAUAUCAAAACAGGACAGUGUUUACAGACGUUACAAG